CAUACGGGGCUUUUCAGUGUUGGCGGGUGUUUGUGAGCGGAGGGACGUUUAAGACAGGGUCAAAAAAAGCUUCUUAAGCUAGUACUAAGAAACACUUACUUUUCUGUAAUAUUUCAGAAAAUGUCCGCGUGGGCCGAAGAGAGACGCCGUGGUGCUCAGAGCAGCCGACACGACGAAUGCACUGUCCCAUCUCGGUGGUCCCACUGCAGGAAGAGGGGGGUUGAUGGAAGCCUGCGGACCAACAGAGAUGCAGAGGGAACUGAGAAGGAAAAGUACAGACACUCUGAUUGCAGACAUUCCAGCUUCACCACUCCAGAGAGCUCAGGGCCAGUGUCUCGUUGUGGCAGGCGGACUGACUGGGGUAGCCAGGUGGAGGAUGAUGAGAUGAGGAGGGAUGUACAGAAAGACAUGCAGCGUUACAGGAGGAGGAUACUGGCUGCAGAAGGUUCCCAGAGGGAGAGAAAGACUUCCUCGGGCUCUUCUGGGAGCUGCGACUCCAGAGAGGGAGACAACAUGGAGACCGACGAGGCUGUAUUGCUAAGGCGACAGAAACAGAUCAACUAUGGCAAAAAUACGCUGGCCUACGAUCGGUACACCAAGGAAGUUCCAAAACACCUUCGUCAGCCCGGUGUUCAUCCAAAGACUCCCAAUAAGUUUAAAAAAUACAGUCGUCGCUCGUGGGAUCAGCAGAUCAAACUGUGGAAGGUCAAGCUCCAUGCCUGGGACCCACCAACAGACAAUGGCCAAGAUAAAGUCCUCGACAACAUUGAAGAGCUGGGCCUCGAUGAUGUAAUGGACAUUGAGCUGGACUUCCCAACCCUCUCUGACUCUCACAGUGCCUCAGCUUCUCUCAACACACACGGCAUUUUACUGGAGGAUGAAGACUGUAUGGGUACUCCAGUUAAAAUUCAGAAGACUGAAAUCUCAGCGCAGCCGGACUCAGUGUAGCUCUUCAUUGCUCUUCUUCAAACCCAUGUGCACACACUCAUCUCAAGUGUUCUAGUUUGUCCUAGCUUUACCAGCUUCUUGAUCUAAACAAGGCGAUGCCACAUCUGAAAAGCCUCUCAAUCUUCUGUGUCUCAGCUGGUUCUUAGUCCAGCCCUGUAACAUUUUUAUUAAGUAUUCAUCUUCCAUUUGUACCAGCGCUUGUUAACUCAUGGGAUCUUUCACAGGUUAUUCACCUGCUCUCAGGGAGCAUUCUAUCACAGCUCAACCUUCCAAUUCAAUGUUGAGUCGAUGUCACUGGUUUAGGGUUCUUCACAAAAAGACACUUCUAGCACUGAUCUGGUCAAAUUGCACAAAACACACUGCUUGGACUUGGUGCUAAGAAAACAAGAAAGCAUUCGAAAUGGACUGAACUCAAAGAUCUCUCCGAGGACUUCAAAGAUGGGCACACCAAAGGAAAAAUGUUUUUCUUUUAGGGAUUCAUAAGACUUUUUCUUUCAUGUCCAAUUUUUAAAUUGUAAAAAAGCAUUAUUAGGUCUGGGCUGUAUUUGUUUUUACAUAGGUUGUGUUUUAUACCAAUGUUAGUAUGUUUCUUAUUGUUGUUUCCUUCAUGGUGAAGACGUAAAAUAAAAAACCCAAAGUCGA